AAUUUUUUUAAGGUAUAAAAAGGCACUUGCGGUCUGUGGAUUUACAUCAGUUGUGUUUAGAAGUCAUUAAAAGUCGCUGGACCAUUUAUUAAAGCAUCAUGAAGAGAGUAAUAUUCUUAGUCUGCAGUCUGUUUAUCGUUGGAAGCUUAGCCGAUGGUGUUCCUGGAAAAUGUCCUCAAAUUGAUACGGUUAAGGACUUUAAACCAGAAAAGAUGGCUGGCAAAUGGCAUUCAAUUUACGAGACAGGAAAGGAAUCUUCAUGUGUUUGCUAUGAAUUUGAACCAAUUUCACCGAACUUUUUCUUAGGAUACUUCUAUCAUCUUAAACAAACAAUUUCUUUAGCUCCAAAGAACACCGAAGACUUCAAUGAAGGUUUCGUCGUGUCAUCAAAAUUCAUUCCAGCUAUGGAUAAAAUGAGUAUGUUCACAUUCGCAACCGAUUAUGAAAAUUAUGCUGGCAUGUUUACGUGCAAAGAAGUUGGUGAUGUUCACUUCCCACAUGUUGCAUUUUGGUCUCGAGAUCAUACAAUGACAGAUGAGAGAAUGCUUGAACUUAAGGACAUGAUGGCAAAAUAUGAAGGAGUUGAUUUAUCAGGUUUGAAGGCUGUGAACCAUAGUGAAUGUGACCAUGGAGAUAAAUAAAGUUCAAAGUGUUGUAUUUUUGAAUUCAAAAUUUUACUUUGGAACUGAAAUAUUUGAUUUUGGAAGUUGAAAAGUUUUGUAAUGUCCAAUAAAAAUUUAAUCAUCAAACAAACAAGAAU